CUGUACUGGUCUAUAAUGAUCUGUACCGGUCCGUACUGGUCCUCACUGGUCCGUACUGGUCCGUACUGGUCUGUACUGGUCUAUAAUGAUCUGUGCUGGUCCGUACUGGUCCUCACUGGUCCAUACUGGUCCUUGCCGGCAGAGGCGCGCGAGUGCGUGAACUGCGGGGCCACGGCAACGCCGCUGUGGCGCCGGGACGGCACCGGGCACUACCUGUGCAACGCCUGCGGGCUCUACCACCGCCUCAACGGGCACAACCGGCCCCUGAUCCGCCCCAAGAAGCGCCUGCUGGUGAGCAAACGCGCUGGCACCGUCUGCAGCAACUGCCAGACCAGCACCACCACGCUGUGGCGCCGCAGCCCCCGCGGGGACCCCGUCUGCAACGCCUGCGGCCUCUACUACAAACUGCACCGGGUGAACCGGCCGCUGACGAUGCGCAAGGACGGCAUCCAGACCCGCAACCGCAAGGUCUCGGCCAAGGGCAAGAAGCGGCGCCAAGGGGGGGGCGCCGGCCCCGGGGGGGUCCCCGAAACCUCGGUGGGCCCCCCCCUGCCCCCC